AUAUUUAUAAAAAAAAUGUUAUACGUUGUUGGGAAUUGUAGUUCUUCGGUGAAAAACGGAACAUCGUCUUAUUGCGUCAUUAGUCGGUCAUGUCAUGCAGUAACUGGUAGCAACACCUCGCAGCGGAGACAGCUUGGGAUGGCAGAGUUGAGGAGAGAGAAUGACGUAGUUUCCGAGUAUCUGGGCCAGAACCCACAAGUCGUCCAGUGGAUCAACACUUUCAGGGGCUAUUGUGAGAGCAACAAACAAUGGUGUGCUCGGAGAGAGUUCAUCCUGAAGAACAUGGAGGCGUACCCCUCAGUGGAAGUAGGAGUCUCCAACAGCAGUCUGGACAGGCUGCUGUCCCUGUCAAUGGUCUGGGCAAACAACGUUUUCCUUGGCUGCAGCUAUCCUCAAGCUGUCAUGGACAAGAUCAAAGAGAUGGGUGAAGGAAUAGUCGCUGGAGAUCCUCCUGUUCAUAAGAGUCGAAAUGAAGCCAUGGCCAAAGGAAAGUGGAGCGCUGCAACAGGAGCUACUGAUGGCAGCUGUGCAAAAAGAGCCAGAUACGGUCCUAAUGAGCCAGACAGUCAACCUGCUGGGAAAACAUCCACACGACCCAUGAGUCAGAAAUGCGGGCCUUCACCACAGGCUCCGGCCGAGCACCAGCCUUUCUUCAAUCGCCUCUACAAAGCUGUGGCCUGGAAGUUGGUCUCUGCCGGAGGGUUCGGUCCUAACUUGGACCAUUUUGAAAUACUCCGAAGCUGCGUGGAGUCAUGUAAGCAGACGCUUACCUGCGUCUUUGUGCCGCUGAAGGACAUUACUGGCCUCCCUGCAGGCCGCACACAAAAGGAAGGCCACGUGUGUGAAAUCCGCUGUCGAACCGUCUACAUGGGCACAGGCUAUGGGCGCGACGAGACCGCCGCCUGUUCCAUGGCUUCCAAAGAGGCUCUGAAAGUGUUUCAAGGGAGAAAAGUAACGGUCAAGAUUGCAAGACGGCGUUACAAAGGGAAGGAUGUGGAGGAUUUAUUGUUGUUGGACGAACAGCCUCGGAAUCAGGGCUUCCCCCCUGCACUCACCUACCCUUUCCAGGAGGAUCACACUGGGGAUGGUUACUCAUAGACUGGAUGAAAAGUGAUGUUGGACCUGCUUGUUCGCCUCUACGGACUGGAGCACUGAAGAAAGAUCACACCCUUGAGCAUCUUUCAAAUAUACUGAAAUGUCAGAAUGCAAUUAUAAUUGUGGGGGAAAAGUCAAACAAUAUGUUUGGUUAUUAACUCACAACAGGUGCAGCAUUCCCCACAACGCUUAAUUUACAUGAUGACCUUUAAGUAUGGUGUACUUUGUUCAUUCCUAAAGGAUCCUCUAAUAUCUAGUUUUGAGUUUAGAUGUCAUCAAGUUGCAAAGGAAACCAAGACUGCUUGGUUUGACCAAUACAUUACAUUCUUAUAAGAGGUUGUGCUGCGACUGAAAUACAUUGACCAAGACUUUUGAAGUUUUGAAACCAAGGGAUUCCACAAAGAAGUAUCGUUGGCGCAACUCCCCAGCAAUUGAUAUUUAGGUGUAUCCCAGGUAUUUUCUUUAUUUAAUCAAUAUUUGAUUUAUAUAUUUAAAAAGGUUAGGUCAGUUAAAUAUUCAACAUUUCUAGCUUAUGUUAAGUGUGUUAUUCUGGCAAGAGUCCCAAAUGUGUGCCUUUCCAUAGGACAUAAAUAAUAAUCACUCCCCAGGUAUGAUACCUUAGGAAAAAAAAGACUAAUCAGGAUAGUUGCACGAAGUAAAUUUUACUCUGCACUAACGUUUCAAUUGUUAUUGGAGGAGAAUGUUUAUCUUAACCUUCAACCUUUGUUCCGAUUAGAUAUACAUUAUGUACAGGCACCACCUAGUGAUGGACCCUCAUACAAACUGUUGCCCCCCUACUAUCAAUAGAAUACUGCAAGGAGUUAAUUGAUAAGUUGACCAUUAGACCAGCCAUCGGUCGAUUUGAUUAAAUUCCAUGGCAAAAGUUUACCAAUUUCUAGUUUUCUGGACUGAGUUGAGUUUCCAUUUGAGCUAUUUAAACAAGAUUGUUGUUGAAGGUGAACAUUGUCAUAUUAAAAACAUACAUUGGUCCUUUGGUUCCAAAGCAAGAUAAAAAGAACCAGUUUUCCCCGUUAGAAAUAAUGUAAAACAAAAAUACACAAAGCAUUACAUAGUCAAUCGCAUUAUAUUGGGCCAAAUUAUAUCGAACUUAGUGUAGAUCGGUAAUUGUAGUGUUACAUCUGGAAAAUAAUGCAAAAUACAUAUAAAUUAGGAAUUAAAUAGAUAAAUAAGCAUGAUUUUUACCUUGACUGACGACAUGUUGGCAGGGGCAGGAGAGAUCCACACAGAUGCCACCUUCAUACUUUGCAACAAGUACUUGCUAGAAUUCGAUAGUGUUUCUAACCUCCCUUAUUAAAGUGCUGGCACUUGCAACUUUCUUUGGCCCCAUGGUGGCUUAUUUUGCAGUCUUACUCAAACACUUGAGAGGGACUGAGUCACCAAGCGUGGGAUUCUUAGUUCAGACACUCGAUUCCAUGGAAUCAGAUUUGUUUCCCAAGUGCAAUGUUCGGCUGUACGAUAACCCAGGCUGUAAAAAAAAAAAAACGGCAAAUUUCUGGUGAAUAUUUUUGUCGAAAAUUGAGAUUCCACUGUAUUCUCGAUGUUCUUUGUUACUGUAAAUUUACUGCAGUGGUUUGUAUGUUUUCUUUUUGAAUAAACAAAAAAUAUGC